AUGGCAUCUUCUAAGGUGAAGGUUGACCAGAAGAUGCCAGAAAUAUAUGGGAUGACCACAGACUCAUCCGUGCUUGGCAAUGGUGCACAUGGAUUUGGAGAUUUAUUUGCUGUAUCAAAUGGAUUUUCUAGUAAAUCCGGUGAGACGGAUAUUGGUGUUGAUUUCAUGCCCAGUACAAGUGAGCCGAAUUAUGCCAGAAAUGGUUUGAAUUCUCAGUCAGUUGUCAAGGCUUCUGAUCCUGAUGAAAACUUUGGAGAAUUUAGGGCGGCAAUUUCAAAAACUGGGUUAAAGCAUGAUGAAGAGCCAAAGGUUAAUGGUCUUUCUCACUUUGUGGUUGGCAAAAGCCAGGUGGACAAUAAUUCAGUUGGAUCUAUUGAUUUGUUUGCUGUACCAAAUGGAUUUUCUAGUGAAUCUGGUGUGAUGGGCAUUGGGAUUGAUAGCAAGGAGAGUACAGUGGUACAAACAGAUUUGCACGAUGAAAAUGAGCAGAUUGGUUCAGAAAAUGAGUUACAUUUUCUUCCAUUUGUCAAAAAUAGGCGUCUUGGCGAAUCUACGGCACCAAUUCCAGAAAAAGGAUCAAAAGAGCAUCAUGAUGACCCUCGCGAAUUACUGCCGGUGCCCUCAACAACUAAUGGUCAAGGAAAUGAGACAAGGUCAGAGACUCCGAAAAGGGCAUUGCCCCUAUCCAUAUUUGGUGAUGAAGAACAGGUGACUGAUGAGACGUUAAAUGUUCAAGAUGAUUUCAUGCAUCAGCCUGUUUCCCACCCAAGAAAUGUUCAAAGACAAGGUUCAACCAUAUCUAUCAAUGACUUAAUAUCAAACCUGUACAGUCAAGCUGAGCAGAUCCCUUCUGUUGGCACUAUGGAGAAACAAACUGUAAAUGAAUUAAGUUCCACUGAAAGAAUGUUUGACUCUAAUUCAGUGGAUGGUGGUGAUGAUUUUGGUGAUGGUUCAUGGGAAUUUAAGGAUGCCUCCUCCCAAACGAGGGCUGAAAAUCAGACUUUUUUUCUUAGUCUUGGAGACGCACAUCAAAAUAUUUCUCCCAAAUUGAAGCUGAACAAUUAUGUGGAUUUCUACUGUAAGCUUAAGGAUGAAUUGUGCUUUGUUGCUCGAUGCCAUCUUGAUGGUUUAAAGGUGGAUAAAAUAAAUAAAAUAUUUUCUCAUGUUAUUAUUAUCAUAUGA